AUGCAUUUCAGAGAGUAUUUUAAAGAGAAAGCACAGGAAAGAUGUUUGGCAAGAAUCCGACCCACGCUCACCGAUUACUGCGAGAGAGGCUUCAACCGGGAAAUUGCCCGCAAAGGUAUAAAGGAUACCAAUCAGAAGAUGGGUUUGGUGUAUCGCUCACUCCUCUCGUGUGUACUCAGCGUCAUAGACGGCGACGCGACUAAAGACUGCAGAGAAGAGGGCAUAGAAGUGGCCAAACAAUAUCUCCAAAACUUCGCAAACAGAAUCUUGUGGGAAGACUAUAUACAUUGGAAAACACUGGCGGAUGUGAUGAUUGCCGUAUCCUUACUUACCUCUUUUGACAUGACCGCCGAUACCUAUGCGGCGACAACUGAGCCACCAUUGGGUCUAUCGGAUGACUCCGUACACAUUGAAUGGCCCGACUAUCUCGUCAUUGCAUUAUAUUUUAUCGGUAUUUUGGGCGUAGGAUUCUGGUCUUCGAGAAAAAGUAAAGGCGAUUCAGUGGACGGUUACUUCUUGGCCAACAGGAGUAUGCAUUGGAUUCCCGUCGGUUUAGCCACUGUGGGCGCCUCCUUAUUCUCCAGUAAUGUGGGCAGCGGUUCGUUUGUAGGACUGGCCGGUUCUGGUGCCAGCUCUGGCCUAUCCAUUGCAGCCUUUGAAUUAAAUGUGAGCACAAUGCCUGAAUAUCUAAGAAAACGAUUUGGUGGUCAACGGAUCCGUAUAUAUAUGUCAGUGUUGGCUCUAUUGCUCUACAUCUUUACCAAAAUAUCU